AAGCAACAACGCCGCAAUCCUUCACUUUAGUACACAGCCAUGGCGGAUGAUAGUGACGAAGAUCCAGUUGUCAAGGAGGUGGAUGUUUUUCUCUCUAAGAGUUUGUCUGACAAUCUAUAUCUUAUGCAGUACCCUUUGCGGCCCAGAAAUGUUGGCUACGACCAAUUUGAUCAUCUGGCAGCCCGAGUCAAACCCCAACAAAAAAAGGUGGAGCUUGUGCUUUCCCUGGACACGCGCAGCAAGAACUACUCCUCCAGCAAGGGGGAACAAAUCGCUGUCAACGUAGACGGCUCCCUCCCUCCUGACUCGGCCGAGCGCUACUUCUCAGGGUCCAAAAUGAAUAAGAUGGUGGUAUCGUGUCCACCGAUGACGGAUUCUUUCACCGGCUGUCAGUACGCCAUGGGCCUGCUCCGAGACGGUGAGUCGUCGCAAGAUGAGGCAGAAGAGGAAGCAACUCCUGUGAGCAUGAAGGUGACGCGGGGCGAGAGCGAGGAGUUCAAGGCCAGGCGCAUGGCGAGCUACGAGUACAUCCACCAGCGGCGCGAGGAGGAGCGGUGGGUCAACGUGACCUACUUUGGGGCGGACUCUGGCGUAUCUGAGGCAGAGAGGGAGCAGCUGAAGGCCGGGGACGUGCCGCGCGUCUCGCAGUUCAAGAUCUCGCCCCAGGAAUAUCUGCAGGCUCUCAUCCCUCCGUCUAGUGAGAGCAAAAGCGAGGCCCCAGCCAUGCCGGACAACGUGCUGUCCUUGAGUGACCUCCGCAGACUGGACCUCACCGACCAGAUCCGUGCGCUGCUCAUUAACGUGAAGGUGAUACGGUUCAGCCAGCUGAUGAGCUUCCUGGCCCCCGGUGCUGACCACCAGGCCGUGCUGCGGUCGCUGCAGAGUAUGGCCGUCCUGGUCCAGGGAUGCUGGGUGGUCAAAAGCGAGCUGUUAUACCCGGAGGAGGACAAGGAAGAAGCUGCCAAGAAGCGCAGACCUCACAGCGGCGUGUCUCCCGAGCUGUUGAGGAGAGUGAGAGACUACGCUAUGUGGAAGUUCACGCACUGCAAGUACGUGGUGCGCAAAGACAUCUCUUCCAUUGUGCAGUUGCCUUCGGACGAUGUCAAGGAAAUCCUGGAGAAAAUGUCGCGGCUCAAACUUCGCAGCGGUUGGGAGUUCUUCUACGAGUACGACCGUGACUUCUGUGAGCGGCACCCAGAGAUUGUUCAGAGGCAGAGGAACAAGUGGGCCCUCACCUUCCACAGCCUGGCUCAGCACUUCAAGAUGCCCAAAGAUGGGGAGAAGAAAGCUUUAGAACUUGAAAUGGCCUUGAUGAACCUUCAACCCACGGAGAGGCACCGCACGCGAAGACUCUCCAGUCGCUCCCCACGCAAGAGAACUCUGAGCGGGCGAUCGAUGUCGGACGUCAGCGACCUUGAGGUGGACCCAGCGAGCGGGGAGAGGGCGGGCGACGCUGUAGACGUGGCUCUGAACGGGGCGACGGCCCACGCUGCCAGGAACUUGACCAAUGGUCUGGUGGGUGGCAUACCUGGCGAGGUCAACGCAGACGGGGACCCGGGGGGCACGCUGACGCGCCAGCUGGAGACCUUUCUGCGAGAAGUUCUGUCGGAGAGUAGCUUGUUAUCCAUGUCGGAGAUACGCAGCAAGCUGUCCAUGUACACAGCCCGUGUGCCGGCUGCACAUGUGUUCAGCGCCGGCGUGUCAGACCGGAUGAUAGAGGAUGCAGUGGCAGCCAUCGGGGGUCACAAGUUGAACAAUCAGUGGCCAGCCAACAAAAAGCCAGAUCCCCUGUUUGCUGCCUGGACAGGGAACGACACACUGGACAAACUCCGCCAGAUUCUGUUUUCCCUGUUUGAAGAGUCGCCCAAGAUCCGCAGCGCAUCCUUCCGCGCGGCCGUUCUGAGGGAGACCGGAGUGGAGCUGUCGGAGGCCGAGAUGAAGAAAGUGUUGAAGGAUCACUGCGACUCCCACGCCGCCAGCUGGUAUCUCAAGAGAACCAU